AUGAGUAUCAUUGACAUGAAGACUGAGAGUGUUCAGGAUAAUGAUUUGAGUACUUUAAUGAGAUUGACAGGACGACACACUGUGGAUAUGGAUUUUGAAAAUUUAACGUACUCUGUUAGUGAUAGGAAACAAGGACUGAAGGAGUCACAGGAAGUUAUCCAGUAUAUUAUGCAAGAUGAUCAACUAAAUCCUUUGUUCACUGUAAAUGAAAUCAUGAUGAUGGCUGCUCAGUUGAAACUUGGAGCUGGUCUCAGCACGAAAACUAAGCAGAUGCUGAUCCACGGCGUCCUUGAGACAAUCGGUCUGUCGGCGACCACGAACACAAGGUGCGGGCGGCUGUCGGGAGGACAGAAGAAGAGGCUCUCGAUUGCGCUGGAACUGAUAGACAAUCCGCCGGUUCUGUUUUUGGACGAACCCACAUCAGGUUUAGACAGUUCCUCAUCUGCCCAGUGUCUAUCAAUGCUCAAAGAUCUGGCUCGAGGAGGAAGAACUGUCGUUUGUACUAUUCAUCAGCCCUCGGCCGCCCUUUUUUUGGAGAUGGACCAUGUGUACGUCUUGGCUGCUGGAACCUGCGUUUAUAAGGGCGACAGUGCCAAUGUUGUUCCUUUCUUGGGAAGUCUUGGCCUACAUUGUCCGCAAUAUCACAAUCCUGCAGAUUACCUUCUUGAAGUGGCAAAUAAAGAAUAUGGAGACUUCACAGAACAAAUGAAUUUUGCUGCUCAAGACAAUAGUUGGCGUUCGGACGACGAUCCAGAAAAAUUGCAAAUGAUUUCCAUUGAGAGAGAAAAUCACCAUAAUAAUAAUACACUUAAGCCAAGUGAUAGUGAGGAAUUUGCUAAAACAAUGGUUUUAGUAGGACCAGCUUCGGAAUUCUGCAAAUUUUGGAUAUUACUUCAGCGAUGUUUUGUUCAGCUAUAUAGAGAUUGGACUGUAACCCACCUAAAAGCAAUUAUUCACGUAUUAGUUGCUGUAAUUUUGGGUCUUUUAUAUGGUGAUUCAGGCUCAAAUGGUUUGAAGACAAUUAGUAAUGUUAGUUUGUAUUUGGUGUCACUAGUCUAUUUGUGUUACACAACUAUGAUGCCGGCAAUUUUAAAAUUACCUUCAGAAUUACCGGUAUUAAGAAAAGAAAGCUUCAAUAAUUGGUACAAGCUCAGGACAUAUUAUACAGCAUUUUUAGUAGCAAACAUUCCAGUACAAAUAAUGUUUUCUGUUUUAUUCUGUUCUGUUAGUUAUGUGAUGACAUAUCAACCAUUAGAAAUGUAUAGAUUCCUGAUGUAUGUUGCCAUUUGCGUCUUGGUUACCUUAGCAUCUGAUGGAAUAGGAAUAUUUUUAGGAUCUGUCACAGACCCAGUGAAUGGCACAUUUUUCGGUGCAAUUUUCACCUGUACAAUGCUGGUCUUUGCUGGAUUUUUAGUACAAUUUACUCAUAUGCCUAUAGUCUGGAGUUAUAUUUCGAAUAUCAGUUAUCUUAAAUUUGGCCUAGAAGGUCUAUUCAUAGCAGGUUACGGCUACGGAAGGGCCAACUUGCCUUGCCCAGAAGAUAUUUACUGCCACUUCAGGUCACCCAAGACGAUAACCAAAGAAUUGGAUAUGAAUUUGGACAAUUAUUGGGUGGACGUUGGUGUCCUGGCCGCCUUUUUUGUCGCCGUUAGAAUUGCAGGAUAUUGCACGUUAAAAAGAACAUUGAGAAACGGUUAA